AUGAUCAGACAUUGCCACAGGGAAGCAAAGACUAACAUAAAAGAUGCAAAAAAGGGAGACAGCAAGACCAAAAGGUUAGCGUUGGAUGCAGUGAGAGAUUUCGAGAUCAAGAAGAAGGAAACACGCAUCGUCUACAAGGGCGAGGCGACUUUUAACACACAAGACCCAGAGACGGGUAACUCCAAGGAGCUCUACUCCAGUAAGAACAUCUCCGUCAAGGGUGUCGGUGUCCGUGGAGAAACCCAGACAACUAGGAUGAGCAAGAGAGCAACUUUUGGAACGCAUGCACAGCACGAUCAAGGGAUGAGCCUUGAGAAUGUGACAGCCAAGAAGUUACCGUUUGCCUUCGAGCUAUGUGACUGGUCCAAUUUGGAGAUGGGGCUUGCCAUGCCGUGCAAGACGUGCAACCAUGCGCCCAGCAGCCAUUCCCAUCAAACAUGUUUGAACGAGGAGGAGGAGUACACUGACACCAAGAUCGAUGAGCACAAGCGGGCCCAGUUCGAACAACUUACGAGCGAUGAAGAGAAGCAGCAAAUGGCUUUGAAGGAGACAGAAAAGAAGUUGGAGGGCUUGGAGCAGGAGACUGAGUAUCGGCUCAUGGAGCACGAGGCCAAGAAGGAGCGAUACUUGGACUUCAAGCGCGAGUUGGACGGCCUGCGCGCCAAGAACAAGGAGAUUAACGUCGAGCGCCAGAGAAGGCGUGAGGACUUCGAGCGUGAGUCUGUCGCCGAUGCGGUCCGCAAGAAGGACGACAAGAUCGAUCAGCUCAAUGCGGAGCGCCAGCGCAUGUGGGAGCUUCGAAGAGCAGCCCAGGCCGAGGCUUACAAGGCCAGAGAGCAGGUGAAGAACGAGAUCUUGAAGCAGCGGAUUCAGUCGAAGUUCGACUCCAAGAGCUUGGAGGACAAGUUGGGGAAUUUGAUGAGGAACGACCUCUUCAGUGCCAAGGUCCUACAGUCGAGCCAUUCAUUGCCUUCCCUGAGGCCUGACAGCCUUCCAGAGAAAAUGCCCGGCAUCGAGGUGCUUGGCGAUGAACCCUGGUUCUCGCACGUUCCGACUAGACGGUCCCUGCGUGAGCGGGUUGUAGCAGCGCAUGCAGCUCAGAAGAUCCUCGUGGCUGCCCCUGCCGACGAGAUAAAGAGAAUCUGCCCUGGUCCUGGUCGCAUACUUGGUGCUGGUGGCGUUCUGCGUCUCGGAGGUUCACUUCUGGGCGGCUACGGCGAGGCAGAUAUCAACUACGCGUACCGGCAGCUCUCACGUGCACUGCAUCCGGACAAGAAUCCGGACAUCGAAGAGGCCCACGAUGCCUUCAAGCGGCUCACCGAUGCCUCGGCUGAGCUCAAAGAAGGCUUGGAGGAGCAGAGAAACCUUUUGAGAGCCAUCUGCCUCACCAUGGGCACGGCAGUGACUCCCGAAAUGUUGGAGCGGCCGCAGGAGGCUCUCUUUGCAGAGGCAACCCGGAUGCUGCAUGCGGUGUUAGCGUUGACCGGCGAGGGAGAGGUUCCCGGGCCGGCCUUGACGCGUUCCCUCGCGUCCUUCACAGCCUCGACGACGUGGACGAAUAGCAGACCGCAGGUCCUUCUGGCCGAGUGGUUCGACAUGAACCGGCUCUUAGACUUGUUCGGCACUCCCCCACUGCGGACGGCCUACGACUGCGCUCCGAAACGUUACCGGGCGCAAUUCCUCUGCGCGAUGAACCGCGCAACCCUCGCGGAGGCUAAGAGGAACAAUGACUGUGUGCGUGGAAACUGGCAGACAGUAAUGAUGCAAUACCCCGAGAUCGGGCUUUGGCGUGACCUCCGUGAGAAGAUAAAGCUCCGCGUGUGGACGCCCGAAGCCAAUGAGCCCGGCACGAAAACGCGGCGAGGCAGCAUGUGGGACGACGAGGAGGGUAAGCGCACAUCCACUUGGGCCACCUUGUGGCGAGAUAGGAUCCGAAACGUGCUCCCACGCGGUAUCGAUAGUUUCGUCGGAGCCGGUGACAAGGAGGUGCGGAUGAUGGCUGCGGCUCUUUGGAAGGACAUCACAGAGUGGGCCAAAGGCGAAGGAGACUGCGCUCGCCACCUGAAUCUCUUCACGGCGGAGCCCCCUGCGAACCCGGACGAGACGGCUGAGGCACCGGAGGAGUGGGCCUUCGUUCCGGCCGCCGACAUCUUCCUCGUUGUUGGCGAGGGCAUCGUCGGUAUCACCGCAGAGGGCCUAGGUGCCGCAGAUGCCAAGCCCGGCCACGACAGGAUGACUUUCUCGGAGGCCAUGCAAGACAAGAAGCAAAAGUCCAAG